AUGAGUUUUGAAAAUGAUGAUUUGGAUGCAGAGCUGGCGUGCUCUGCCGAACAAGCCGAACAAGAGGUGGAAUCAAUCGUCGAAGCCAAGGAAGAUACGGCUUUAACGCAGCUGGUGGACGCCGAGGAGUUUCUCGCAUCGGAAGGCGUUGCUCUUCUUGAGUAUGAGAAGCAGAUGUUUUUUGAUCUUUUGCACUCGGAUGCGCUGGUCGUUUGUGCAAAAGGUAUCAGCUAUGAGCGUGUGUUGCUCAAUCUGCUUAAAAUUUUUUGCGAUACUUCCACGCUUGUCCUGGUGGUGAACUGUUCGGAAAAUGAAGAGCAGUACUAUAAAACUCACCUCGAACACACCGAACAUAUACACGAGUCGGCUAAAACAUCAGCGGAAAGAGAACGUGCAUAUCUUCAAGGUGGCAUCCAGUUCAUAAGCACUCGCAUUCUUGUGGUUGACCUACUAAAGAAGCGAAUUCCGAUUGAACUUAUCACGGGAAUGUUUGUUGUGCGGGCUCACGAAAUAAUUGAAUCAUGCCAAGAAGCCUUCGCGUUGCGGCUUUAUCGACAGCGCAAUAAGGUGGGAUUCGUAAAGGCGUUUUCGCGUAACGUGGAAGCGUUUACUUAUGGCUUCGGACACGUCGAGAAGGUGAUGCGCAAUCUGUUCGUGAAGGAGCUAUUUAUUUGGCCGCGGUUUCAUGUUACUAUCCAACGGUCGCUGAAACCAUACGAACCCACAGUGGUCGAGAUACAGAUUCCCAUGACACAAAGCAUGAUCCUGCUUCAAACCAAUCUGCUCGAACUGAUGAAUUACCUGGUGAAGAGCAUUAAAAGUUUGAACCGAUCCGUCGAACUACAAGAGGUAACGGUGGAGAAUUGUGUUACAAAAAAGUUCCAUAAGAUAUUGCAGGCCCAGUUAGAUACAAUCUGGCAUCAGCUAACAUCUCAAACGAAAUUGAUCGUGGCCGAUUUGAAGGUACUGCGUAGCUUGAUGAUAUCUUGUCUAUACGGAGAUGCCGUUUCGUUUUAUGCACUGCUCAAACGCUAUCGCACGACCGAAUACGUUCUCAACAAUUCGGGUUGGACAAUUCUAGAGCCGGCCGAGAAAAUAUUUACUGUUGCAAAGGAGCGUGUAUUUAACAGAGAAAAUGAGUUCGAACCGGAGCUAUGUCCAAAGUGGAAAGCCUUAUCGGAUGUGUUGCGGGUGGACAUUCCAAACGAUAUCAAGGAAACGUCUCGGAAGAUUCACAAAAAAGAGGAGCGACAAAAAUAUCUUCAACAACAGGUGAAAAUUCUCAUUUUAUGCCAAGACUCGCGAGCAUGUUAUCAGCUGAAUCAGUUCCUAACGCAAGGCCCUGAACGCUACCUGUUCUACCAAGCCAUGAAAAACGACAUAUCGGUAGCGAAGCUCGCGGAACAAUUCAAACACAUCUCCACUGAAGGGCUGGAUAUGGCUGGUUUUAAGAUUCAGGAGUUCGAGCCCCUGCCCCGUACGAAAUCAGCUACCACAGUUGAAUUGACGACAGCGGAUGGUGCAAAAAAACAGGACAUUGCAUCCGUGAAAGGAGGUUUUCUGCGUGAGAGAAUUGCCAGUAAGCGGCGUGAUGCGACAGAGGAGCUGGAAGCUCAAAAACGCAGAGAAAUGAAGAAAGAUGAAGAGUGCGAUGGUUCGGAAGAGGCUGUGAAAAAAACCGACAUGGAGAAUGAUCUGGCGGCAGUGCGUACGGAUGAGCUCGAUUAUCAACGGUACUUCCGCGAUUCGUAUGUACUGACCAUGUCGCAACGAUCGCUGGGUGAUGUGAUAGAUUCGAAUGAGCUCGAUGUAAGCUUGCUGGAAGCGGGUACGUUUGAAUCAUUCACAGAAAUGGAAAACAUGGAUAUCACGUCCAUUGUGAAGGAUUUCAAUCGUCCCCUUGUAUUUAUACAAACAUUCAAAAGCGAAUCGAACGGAUUCGGUGCCCUGGAACGGACUCUGGAACAGAUUCACCCGAGGUAUAUCAUCAUGUAUCACACGAACGUGACCGCUAUCCGACAAAUAGAGGUGUACGAAGCUCGCCAACAGCGCUUACAAAUGGCGCGGGUGCGAGUGUUUGCUAUAAUUCAUUCGAAAACGGUCGAAGAACAGUCCUACCUUACCUCGUUACGUCGCGAGAAGCAGGCUUUCGAGCUAAUGAUCGAAACAAAACGGACCAUGGUUGUGCCAGAGUAUCAGGAUGGGAAAUCGGAGGAUACAAUAGUGAUGUUACAAAAAAAGCAGGAGCUUUCGAGUAGACAAGCCGGUGGUCAGGAUGUCAAAGAUCCGUCGGAAAUCGUGACACCUCGCGUGGUCGUGGAUAUGCGUGAGUUUCGUUCUGAUUUGCCGUGUCUUAUACACAGAAGAGGCAUCGAUGUGGUACCAUUGACGAUUACGAUAGGAGACUACAUUAUUACUCCAGAAAUAUGUGUCGAGCGUAAAUCGAUCUCCGAUUUGAUCGGAUCGUUAAAUUCAGGCCGCUUGUACAACCAGUGUGUGCAGAUGACGCGCUACUACGCCAAGCCAAUUCUGCUGAUCGAGUUCGAUCAGAAUAAGCCGUUUCACUUUCAGCGGUAUUUCAUGGUUUCGAACGCUGGUGGCAGCUCGUCGUCAACCAGCGGUUCCUCGAACGAUGAUAUCAUGGCCAAGUUGCAGCUUUUGACGAUACACUUUCCCAAGCUACGGCUCGUAUGGUCGCCAAGUCCCUACGCUACAGCGCAGCUCUUUGAGGAGCUCAAACAAGGUAAACCUGAACCCGAUCCUGACGUAGCGUUGAAAGUAGGUUCAGAUGAAGCUGGAACGGACGAAGCGGAAGCACUCGAUGGAUUAGCCAAUGUGGAGGUGCAGGAAUUCCUGCUAAAGCUUCCCGGAAUCACUUCUCGCAACAUUGGUCGAGUUAUGCGGCAGUGUAAGAGCCUCCGGGAUUUGACUCAGCGAACGGAGCCGCAGUUGGAGGAACUGCUAGGUGGUCAAGCGGUAGCUAAGCAGUUGUGGGAUAUACUCCACUUGGUGCACAAACCCACCCAACCGGAUCCACUCGAUAAACCCUUUGCUUCAAGAUUCAAGCGCGGCGCGAAGCGAUUCUAA